AUGUGCUUCAUUUUCACUUGCGGAGAGCAUGAGUUUUCAUCUCAACUCAAGGGCUACGAGAGUGUGUUAUGCCAAUGUCAUAAUUGUGGAAAUUAUUCUGCCAAAGUCAUUAAGAGACAUCCAUGGUUUACCUUCUGCUUCGUUCCAGUCCUCCCGUUGAGCUUCCAUGCCUAUGAGGAUGUCGUCUGCUCAAUCUGCAAUUUCGCGCAACCACUUCAAAACCGAGCAGAUGUACAAUCUCAAAUAAAUGGAGGAGGUCAAGUGCCAUUGCAAAGUCAACCACCGGCUGGUGGUGGUGGUGGUCCUGCAAAUCCUGGAUGGGGAGGGGGAGGAGGCCAACCAGGAGCGAAACAGUCACAGCCUAUGCAGUAUGGAUAG